CAUCCUACGGGAGUUAGGCAAUGACACUGAGCCUGCGAUGAAGUCAGGGAAGAGAUUCAUCAGCGACUUCCACGACCACUUGAUCGCGAUCUUCAACACCAAAGACCCUAAGAGAAAGAGCGACGAGAGUAUCGUGGAUACCCUUGUCAAAGAAGCGGCAGAACAGGCAAAGACUGAUCAAUUCUUGAAGUUCCAGGGCGACUUGAAAGGCAAGGAAAGGGACCAGUGUAACUCACCCCUUCAGUUCUUGCUCGCAAAGGGGGGUGAGAACCAGAAGAUUCUUCAUCGUGUAUUUGACCCAGAGUCGCCCAUAUGUCGCUCUGAUGACGAGGGCGAUGACCGAGACGGAGAGGUUGACGUUCCGAGGAUCGAGGCUGAUGGUCCAACAAGCCUGACCAAGGCCAACACUCCGAAAACCAAGGUCGACGAUCCAGCGAGCAAGCAACCUUUUGGCCAUCUCACCGCAUUUGUGGAGUUUCUGGUACGUCUGCAGCCGGAGCUUCUGGUCGCCCUCGACAAGGAGAAAAGAACACCGUUAUUUUCAGCUAUCAUUUUGGAAGGCAUCGACAUCUCAGCAAAGGAGAGAAUGUUGCGUUACUUCUGCGAGAAUACUGGCCCAAAACCAUUCGACGAGACCAUUGUUGAGAAAGCGAGGAAAUCCUUGACGAUAAUGGGCAAAUACAGAUUCGAUGACGACGACGACGACGACGACGAGUACAACGCGCUCCAUCUCGCCAUCAUGAAGGACGUCUACAUCGGCGAGCGAACCGUGGAUGGUCUCAAGAAGAUGUUCGCCUCUGUGAAAAACAAACGAGGGAGAAGAGAGCAGACGCCCUGUCUUCAAAUACCGGGCGCGAACGGUGACACGCCGCUUCAUAUGGCUCUGUCGGUUGGUGGCAAUCACACCUGGUCAGACGCAAAAAUCUCGUGGGCCAAGACUUUGGCCAAACUCGAGCCUAGGUUGCUGGGUGUCGGGCGCACUGUUCCAGACGGGGCAGGUGCGACCCAGAAGUUGACUCCGCUGCAGCUCUUCACCGAGCAGUUGAGCAAGCGGUCUCUCAACAAGAAGGGGCGUGAUCAGAGCACCAAAGCGUUGGGAGCGGAUCUCGAACAGGAAUUGGAAUCUCUCCGGGACUACUUGAAGCUACAGUGUCUCAAGGUCUACACAGACGACUCGGAAGCCAAGGAUAUUAUGUACCCGGACAACGACAGUGAGCAUCAAUUGACAGUGUGCGCGCUUUCCUCCUCUUGCUGACCGUCUGCCAAUCUCUAGGAUACGAACCCACCCUCA